AUGGGAAGUCUCAAACGCCCGGCAAAUGAGGACAAUCAACCUCGAAUGUUGCAAGGUGGAUUUCGCCGCAAUGGACGUCGAAGUUCCAGGAUGAAAGUGCCCAACAAGGCACCAGUUUCGUCACCCUAUUGCAUCAAAAUGUCCCGUACCAUGAUGUCCUCAAUGAAUAAACAGUCCUCACAGAAGAUGAAGCAUCGAAUGAGAAGAAGAAUGGACCGCAACAACAACAACAACAACAACAACAACGACCAAGAAGAAGACCACCAUCGAAGACGCAAUUUGAGACGUAGGCGCAAGAUGAAUCAAGCGGAUCAACAAGCACCACCAUAUGAUGAUGAUUAUGCACGCGGCGAGGAGUUUGACUUUCACGACGGUGAUAACGAUGAUUGGUGGUAUUAUGAUGACCCAGAUUGCUAUGAUCCUCAUGAUGUCAUCACCCGCUUCCCAACGUUUGUUCCGGCAACUGCCCAGCCAACUAGCACCACCACAUCCAGCCCAACAUCUGCCCCAGCAACAUCUGCACCAACGCCCACGACAGUAGCCCCGACAGUUUCAACAUUGGCACCAACAUCAUUCAGAACUUUAGCGCCAACAGCCACAACAUUGGCCCCAACAGCUACAACGUUAGCUCCAACAGCCGCAACCUUAGCCCCAACGGCCACAACAUUGGCGCCAACGACCGCAACAUUGGCACCAACAACUACAACAUUAGCCCCAACAACCACGACUUUAGCUCCAACAACGACAACAUUGGCGCCAACGGCAUCAACAUCUGCGCCAACAAUGACAAAUGUGGUCACGACACAAACUCUGACAAGCUUUGCUAUUGAGAACACUGAAGAUAGGUUCCCAACUCAAGCAGAAAUUGACGGUGUAAUGGAACAGCUUGCACUAUUCUACAGCGACCUGCUGUCUGCAGAGUAUCCCGCAGGAAAUCCAACAUUUGAAACUUUUACACCUACAGUCAUAAUGGACAGCAGUGAAGUACUUGGUCCAUUUGUUGUCACCGAUGUCACAUACACAUCUGAAACAGUCUUUGUGGACUCUAACAACCUUCCAGCAUCAACAGACAUUGACAGCAUUAUUGAAAAUGCCGACUACCAGGUUUUCCUAACAAACUACCUCCCAAAUGUAACUCCAGCUAAUUCCAUCUUUCUUCAGACACAAGCAGUCUCAAGCAACAGUGGCAUAGCAAGGAUCCCACGUGGGAAACCUGGAUUGGUCGUUUCAACAGAACCAGUCAGCAACAUUGGCUCAGUGGGGGCGGUAGCUGUAGCGUCACGGGAAAAAUCUGGCUUGGUCCAUUCCACGGAACCUGGCUCAACCAGUAGUGGCUCUGCUGAGGUGGCUGUGGCAGCACGGGCAAGGUCUAGCUUGGGUCAUUCGACAGAAUCAGCCUCCAGCAACAAUGAUUUAGGACGGGUGUAUGUGGCAUCACGCGCCAGAGAUGGCUUACAGCUGGAUCACCAACGUCAUCGCCAUCGGUAA